AUUUGCACGUGGCCUGCUCAAUGUAUAUAACCUUUAAUAAGGUAUUCAGCCUGAUAUAAGUUAUUUUAUGUGUACUUUUACAGUCCUACUCCCUACCAAAUCUCGUAUUAUGCUUCUCUCGGUUUCAGAGAGAUACUUAGUGGUCUCGCGAUGGUUUAAGCUAUAAUGAUGUCACUACUGGCAUUGAUAAAUCCGUCUACAGACUGUCAUGUAUUCUUCCGAGGAAGCGAUGGGCCAGGUGACUACUUUCUCGGUGGCGGCAACUUGGACUACUCUCUUAAGAAAGUGUACACUGCCGUGGACAAGCGCUAUUUAGGAAUAGCCCAUCACGGCUUUGCUGAUGCAUUCGUAGCACUGGAAGAGUUUGUAGAUCAAACAAUAUUGAAGCAAUGUGGUUCAUUGGUAAACGCAAUUUUGAUAGACUUUCGAGUUGCUUGCGAAUUUCGUCUUGCUGCUUGUCCUCCUUUAGUGCCUC